CGGUCUCGCUGUUGGGAAUAAUAUUUACUGAAUCCGAGCUCCACCCAACAUCAACAACCUGCAGGAUAUGCUUGUCCCGAGGGAAGAGUACAUCCCUAUUGUACUGCCACCAUAUUAAGGAAAAAUGAAUUUACGGCAUCACCCCACAGAUCUGUAUCAGGAGGUUCCCGCAUCGUGCUGGCCCAUUGUCUAUUCCCCUGACUAUAACAUCACUUUCCUGGCUUUGGAGAAACUGCAUCCAUUCGACUCAGGAAAAUGGGGGAAAGUUAUCACUUUCCUCCGAGAUGAACAGUUGAUUACAGAUGAUACUAUAGUCACAGCUCGGGAAGCAACGGAGAGUGAUUUGUUGGUGGUUCAUACAAGACGGUACUUAAAUAAAUUAAAGUGGUCAUUCGUGGUUGCCACCAUCACAGAGAUCCCCCCUCUUCUCUUUCUGCCUAAUUUUCUGGUACAGAGGAAAGUACUGAGACCCCUAAGAACCCAAACAGGGGGCACGAUAAUGGCUGGAAAACUUGCUAUUGACAGAGGAUGGGCCAUUAAUGUUGGGGGUGGAUUUCAUCACUGUUCCAGUGAAAAGGGCGGUGGGUUUUGUGCGUAUGCAGAUAUAACGUUGGCUAUCAAGUUCUUAUUUGACCACGUGCAAGGCGUAUCCACGGCAACCAUAAUAGAUCUGGAUGCUCAUCAGGGAAAUGGACACGAACGGGAUUUUCUCGAUGAUAAGAGAGUAUACAUCAUGGAUGUUUACAAUCGCUACAUUUACCCAGGAGAUAACUUUGCCAAGCGGGCAAUAAAACGGAAAGUGGAACUGGACUGGGGAACAGAAGACGAGGAAUAUCUGCAGAAGGUGGACACUCACGUGCAAGGGGCUCUUAAUGAAAUGAAGCCAGAUAUAAUCAUUUAUAAUGCAGGGACAGACAUCCUGGAUGGAGAUCCACUAGGAGGCCUCUCUAUCUCUCCUCAAGGCAUCAUAAAGAGGGAUGAGAUUGUGUUCACAAUCGCCAGGAGUCGAGGUAUUCCCAUUUUAAUGGUAACAUCUGGUGGUUAUCAGAAGAGAACAGCAAAAAUAAUUGCAGAUUCCAUCCUGAACCUUCACAGCCGGGGACUCAUCCACAAAGGUCCCCCCGAAUAUCCCGACACUGCCGCCAUCAAUAAACGCUGAACAGCACCUUAGACAGGAAUUCUUAAAACAUCUAUUUUUGUUUUAAAAAAUGUCAUUCUGAAUCUUUGAGAAAAUACUAUGUAUUUAUGAGUGGAGAUGAGUUGUAAAUUAAUUGUGUGAAUGAACGAAUUGUCUUAUUCUGUGAUAAGUCUUUUUUAAAACGGGGUCCUUAUUGGGUUAUUUUAACACUAAAUAAUUAAAUUUAGAUUGGGUUAAGAAUUUGCUCAAUAGAAUGGUAUUUGGUCAAACUGAUUAAUUGCACAUUGCACCUAUUAAAGUUUGUGAUUAAA